UGUCCCCUUUUCCUUCCUUUUAGGUGGACCCUGCCAAUGGCGAUGUCCAUCAUUCACCGCGGGACUGGCGUGGGGAUGAGUUUAGGUGUGUCGCUCUUCGCAUUAAGUGCCUUGGUCCUUCCUGGACAGUUUUCCGACUACCUGGAUAUGAUUAAGUCGCUCAGCCUGGGAUCCGCUCUAAUUUAUUCUUCCAAGUUUGCCUUGGCCCUUCCUCUAACCUACCACACCUGGAAUGGGAUUCGGCAUCUGGUAAGCGGGCUUUUGAGCAGCCAAUACAUACCACUAGUAUGUCGGCCUCGCGGGGCAAACCAGAGAGGAGACCUGACCAGAGAUGAGUUAAUCCUGCUUUAUGGCAAAGCUCCAUUGACGGAAUCUUGCCCGUGUGAAUGUACAAUUCUCCCCCUCUUUUACAGCCUGAGAAACUCGGAUCUCCCGGGUCUCCUCGGAGUUUCCUUCUCUGCCCAUGAUCAGCUGAGGGCUCAG